AGAAUUAACUGUUCUAUUUGGUUUAUAAGACAUGUUCACACUAAAAACAACUUAAUUAACUAAAUUAUGUUUAAUAGGUUAAAUGUAAAUCCAAUAAUUGAUUGAGAAUGUAAGUAAAGAUUAUUCUUAAAUAAUUGGCGAGUUUUGCCUUUAUUCAAAAGAAAUAAAUCUUAAUUAUGUAUAUCAAAUAUUAAGUAUUUUAAAUAUGAAUUUGUUACCUAAAAUAAUGAGCACAUGUGAAGAAUUUUUUAUAAAAAAUCAUACUAGAAAACCAAAACAUAUUUUGGUUGAAUUACAUUAUAAUUUAUCAAAAUUUUUAUGUGUUUUAGAAGCUUUUCCUCAUGCUUGUGCCUCUUAAGAUAUUCAAUAUGACUAAAAGAAAUGUGUUAUUGUAAAAGAACUUGCUAAGAAGGAACAAAUUGAGCAUGCUUAUCAAUUAAUUUUGUCUGCAAUUUAAUCAGCUUAAGCAAUGAUGUAAAAGAAAUCUGAAACAGAAACCAAAAUAUUUAGAGGCAUAAUUCAUAAUUUAGGACCAAUUUAUUAUAUGUUAGCUAAAAAAUAAGGUUUAUUAAAGGCACACUAAUUAAUGGCAGAACCAAAAGUAGAAUUGGCUUUUGCUGUAUGGAAUAUGGGUGAAAGUGGUUUAGCAAAACAUUUAAUGCCAAUAAUAUUUCCAUCUAUAAAAUAUAAAUAAUGUAUAUAUAUUCCUAGAUAUUUUAAAUUAAUCAAUCUUGAAUAUGUUAAAUACUAUUAGAAGCAUUAUAUGGGUAUAAUCACUCCACCAUAACCAUUAAUUGAUAAGAUUCCAAAAUUAUUAUCAUUUUAUCAAUUAAUAGAAGCUGGAGAGGAUAGAGUUAAGAUUCGAAUUUUGAAUUCUGAAGCUUUAACUAUAAGUCCUUCUUCAAGUUUAUAAAACUAUUAUUAGGAUCCAUUGAUUUAGUUAACAAGGACUAGUUUUAUAGAUAGAUUAUUUCAUAAAACAACUAAUAAAACCUAUGAAAAUAUAAUAAUCCAUAUACAUGGAGGUGGAUUUGUUUCGAUGUCUUCUAGAUCUCAUUAAACAUAUACAAGAUUAUUGGCAAAUUCUCUUGGAUUACCAAUAUUUUCUAUAGAUUAUAGAUUAUCUCCUUAAUAUUCAUUUCCAGCAGCUCUUGAUGAUUGUUGGCAAGCCUAUCUUUGGAUCAUUCAUUUUUCAUUACAUUAUUUUAGUAAUAAUUUUUUAAUUUAUUCAAAGAUAUAACUCCAAAAAAAAUAAUAUUAAUUGGAGAUAGUGCUGGGGGUAAUCUAUGUGCUGCUUUAACAAUGUUAUGUAUUAGAGAAAAUGUCUAUUUGCCUUCAGGUAUUAUUUUAGCUUAUCCUGCAUUAAAUCUUGACCCAAAAAACUUCAAUAUGUAUUAAUUUGUUUCGCUAGAUGAUGGAUGUAUUAGAUAUUAUCAUUUAUAUAGUGCUUCCUCAUACAUUUUUAAAAUUAUGUGUGAAAUCCUAUAUAUAAGAUGAAACACUUGAUUAUAAGGAUUCAUUGAUAUCCCCUAGUGAAGCUAUUGAUGAAGUACUUUAAUAAUUUCCAUAAGCUUAUAUUUUAACAGGUACAAAUGACCCAUUACAUGGAGAUACUUGGAGAUUGUUAAAUAGAUUAAUGUAUAUUAUUUUCAUAUCUUCAUUAUUAGUAAUCUAGGCAGGAAAUGCAAAAUGUACAAAUAUGAUUAUAUGCCUCAUGGAUUCUUAAAUUUUUAUAAUUUAAUUCCCAAUGGAGAGUAAUGUAUAAAUGACAUUAUUCAAAUCGUUAAGGACAUACUCUCCACUUGA